AUGCCGAGCCUACCAUCCUCUGUCGAUCUGGACGAGUGCAUUGCGCGCCUCUACAAGCGCGAGCUGCUGGCCGAGUCGGUGAUCGAGGCGAUCUGCGCCAAGGCCAAGGAGCUGCUGAUGCGCGAGAGCAAUGUGGUGCACGUGCAGGCACCGGUGACGGUGGUGGGCGACAUCCACGGGCAGUUCUACGACCUGAUUGAGAUCUUCCGGAUCGGCGGCUACUGUCCGGACACCAACUACCUCUUCCUGGGCGACUACGUCGACCGCGGCAUGUUCAGCGUCGAGACCAUCUCGCUGCUGGUGUGUCUCAAGCUGCGCUACCCGCACCGCGUGCAUCUGAUUCGCGGCAACCACGAGUCCCGCGGCGUGACGCAGUCGUACGGCUUCUACACCGAGUGCGCGCGCAAGUACGGCAACGCGAGCGUGUGGCACCACUUUACCGACAUGUUUGACUUUCUGACGCUCAGCGUGGUCAUCAACGACCAGAUCUUCUGCGUGCACGGCGGCCUGUCGCCGUCGAUCCACUCCAUCGACCAGAUCAAGAUCAUCGACCGCUUCCGCGAGAUUCCCCACGAGGGCCCCAUGGCCGAUCUCGUCUGGUCCGACCCCGAUGCCGACCGCGACGAGUUCUCGCUCUCGCCGCGCGGUGCCGGCUACCAGUUCGGCGCUCAGGUCGUCAAGAAGUUCCUCGCCGUCAACGGUAUGUCCCACAUCCUGCGCGCCCACCAGCUCUGUCAGGAGGGCUACCAGGUCCUCUACGACGACCGCCUCAGCACCGUCUGGAGCGCCCCCAACUACUGCUACCGCUGCGGCAACAUGGCCAGCGUCCUCGAGGUCAGCGAUACCGGCGAGCGCUUCUUCAACGUCUUUGCCGCCGCCCCCGAAAACGACAUGCACAAGGAUUUGCAGCCCGGCGCCGGCGCCGAUAAGACUGGCGACGGUAAUGCCUUGCCAGACUAUUUUCUCUGA